AUGAACAAUUUUCAAAUAAUUAACAAACUAGGUGAGGGAGCAUUCAGUACUGUCUUCAAGGCCAGAAGGUUAUCCGACAAUAAAGAGUACGCCCUUAAAAAAGUAAUUUCGCCCCAGGGUAAAAUUUAUUUCUAGGUCAAAAUGAUGGGGUUAUCAGAAAAGGAGAAGCAAAACGCACUUAACGAAGUCAGAAUUCUCGCUUCCAUUCAAAAUAUAAAUAUCAUUUCCUACAAGGAGUCUUUUUAUGAGGACUCGACUUCUAGUCUUUGCAUUAUAAUGGAAUAUGCUGAUGGAGGUGACCUGUAUAACAAGAUCGUUCAGUAUAAGAAAAAAGGCCAAUACAUUCCUGAGAAGGAAGUCUGGCACCUAUUUAUUCAGAUUAUCAGAGGUUUACAAGCGUUACAUGAGCUAAAGAUUGUUCAUCGUGACAUCAAGUGCGCUAAUUUGUUCUCAACCAAAGACGGCGUCAUCAAAUUGGGCGACCUCAAUGUCUCUAAAGUUGCAAAAAGAGGAAUGCUUCAAACCUAAACUGGUACUCCUUAUUAUGCCUCACCUGAAGUUUGGAAGGACAAGCCUUAUGAUUCAAAGAGCGAUAUAUGGAGCAUAGGCUGUGUUCUCUAUGAGAUGUGCGCUUUGAACCCACCAUUCAGAGCACAGGACAUGAAUGGCCUUUGCCAGAAAAUAUGUAAGGGAAUUUACCCCCCGAUUCCCUCAACUUACUCAAAGGAUCUCGUCGACAUGAUAAAGUGCUUACUCUAAUAAAAUCCAUCUCAGCGCCCCUCAUGCGCAUAAAUUCUCUAGAUGACUGGUACCUAAAACCACUUGUCUGCAACCCUUCAAAGAAUGGAAUCCCUUGUCGAGGAAUGCAAGGAGGGUCUCAUCGGUACCAUUAAAGUACCAAGAAAUAUGGGUUAGAUUACUGAAAGACUACCCAAACCAUAAUAUAAUUCUAACCCAUCAUAAAAUCCAUCAUAACUCAAGAGGAACAGCUCUGAACCUAGCAGAAUUGGACAGCCACUAGGCAACUUGAGAGAAAAUCUCCAGAGUGCCAAGCCUUCCAAUGAUCAUGGAUUGAAAGGCCUUUAGCCAAUAAAGGAAAGAGAUGAGGCCAGGUCAGCAGAUCCCGCAAGAGAUCCAGGAACUAAAAAUACAAAUGCUUUGUACUAUCAAUAUAGAAUGAAGAACUAACCUAAAGGCUAUAAUGGUGGUGCUGGUGAAAAAGAAAAUCUAAAACUACCUAGCAUAAAUGAUAAGUCUUAUCUACAGAAUAGAGGAGCUGCCAUUCUGGCUGCUGGCAAUAAAUAUAAAGUCGAUGCAGUUAAUAUCACUAAUAACAACCCAAGAGUCUUGAACCAAAUUUAUGGCAGUAAUAAUGCCGCUAGCAAGCCGCCUGUUUAUAACUAUAAGUAUAAUAAUGGCUACGUAGACAGAAGCAAUGUCUAGAGUGUCAUACAGCCACCCUCAAGGCAAGAUAAUUACUAUAAUAGAAACAUUCUUUGA